AUGAUACUUUUGAUCAGUCGAUUCGAAUGUCAUCAAGAAACACAAGCAGAUCUACUCUACCCUGUGUCGGACUUGGAAGUCCUUCUGAUUGUCCUACGAUAUUGCAGAUAUGAUGGAUGGGUGAGCAUAGAGUCAGUGAAUCUCUCAGUAAGUUAGCUUUGCGCUUCUUUCGUGUACUCCACGCGCCUCGGUGGGUACCAAGCAGGCGGCAGCUCUAAGCCCACCACGAAGUCCAGCGUUUGUCGUCAACAGUUGAAUACUCGAGUGAACUGACAAUCUUGCAAAUAAAAGAACCUGACGAAGAUAUUGAAGGGAGACAAAAAUGGAAAGAAGUGUUUUUUUAGCCCCAAAAUGUGCUGCUUUUUCAGGGUAUUUAGCGUUGUCGCCGAAACUAUGGAUAUUAGUAAGUGAUGAAUAUGUUUAUGCCUGACAAUAUACGACCUCUACUCAAAUCUCGGAUUAGCACAUCUAAUGUUGCAUCCUGAAGGAUAUGAGUAUAAUAUUUUGGAAUCCUACAAGUGUAGGCGCCGCUUCGGCUUUUUCGUAUGGCAUGCUGAGCGGCUGCCACUUAUCACAUUGUCUUGGCGUUGUUGAUAGCAUACAAGAGUUCAACUGUCCUCAAUUCAGACAAUACAGUAUCUCUAUAAUCGAAAUCCCGGUAGCAGUUUUCUGAGUAUUCCAACCAUGAUGAACGCAUCACGGCCCAACAUUGUAUCGUCCAACGACAAACUGCCCAUCACCAUAUUCGAUUCACCAGCUCUACAGGGGUACAAUUCAGGGACGACAAGACAAAGACGAGACUCCCUGAGACUUGCAAUUCAGUGCCUGGCAGUGGUAAUAUUACUGAAUAUACUCCUACACAAAGCCGUUCAAUUCUCCUCAGCAAAGAUUCAAAGGGCCCAUUACUGCUCCCAUGGAAACGGGACUCUGGCUCCUUCUCGAUUUGAGAAUGAAGACAAAAAGUACCCGACCGCGUUAGGCUCUGAAUCUGAUAACGUUGAAGAUCGCCACCUAUCAGGAUGGCUCCUUGCAGCAGUGCUCAAACCGGAAAGACAUCAGUAUCCUUCAAAUCCGAUCAUGUGACCAAAAUUUGCGCCAAUUUCUUUUCAAAAAGACCCCUUCCAAUUGAGCAGCCAAUAUCAUUGCGCCUAUGAUACAUUUGGUUGACUCUUUGUUUCCACCUCGAUUGCAAAUCAUCAAUUUCGCGACGGCACAUAUUCCGCAUGAACCAUCGCUAAGUCAGACUUUCGGUCCGUUAGCUUUACUUAACUUGAGGCUCCCUAAUCCCUUGCAAUUUUUCGGGAGCUGUGCCAGACCAUAUUACCGUACCAUCGGUCCCUCUAUUCACCAUAGGGUAUUGCUGUCCCCUCAUCUCCACUCGCAACAACCCAUUGUUCAUCAUCUCGACUCAUAAAGAUAUUCCUUGCUCUUCAAGUUCCGCUCUCCCGCCCUGUGGCUGCGGGGAUACGGGUCUAUGGGAGCGGGAUCGUUGAAUUGUGAGGUUCAUUGCUCGGCAUGACAGGCUCGGGAUGGCGGUUGGGUAACAGGCACGGAAGGUUACGUUUAUAGAGGGGGGGUGUAUUUCACAGCGUUUGGUGGUUCAAAAUUUUUAGAGGAUAUCUACAGAGGGAGAAUAGAGUUUAAUUGUUCCUGGAUUCGAAUUAGUUAACAAAGGACAUUGGAGUGUGGUGAUAAAACAGGAACUAAUUCCAUAUACGUUUGCGCCUCUUAUAUCUUACGAGUGUCUAGCAAUCUUUGGUAUAGAAUGUUGAUGAUUGGAAGUCAUUAUGAUAAGAGACGGCAAUGUAAUAAGAUGGC